UCCCUCGCCUGUCUCUGGUCUGCCGCAGUGCUCAGCCUCCCUGUUCCCCCAGCUCCUCCCACCCUUGCCCUGGCUUGCCCACCACCCAGGUCCCUUUGUUUCACCAGGUGCCCCCGCUCUCACUGUGCCUGUCCCGUUGGAUGCCCGGGGCUCACCUGGGCUCCCGAUCCAGGCGGGCGGAGGGAGGGUGAGGUUCGGCUGGGUCGGGUACCCCGCUCCCGCAGCCGCCGGGGCUCUGCUGUGCCGCACUCAGGCUUGUGGAGGGGCCCUGACUGCGCUGGCCCGGGUGAUGGGGUGGACGGCCCCUAUGCAAAUGUUCCAGCACAUGACCCUGAGUGACCACAUCCAGGUCCUGGCGGAAGCAUGCAAGUACCUGACCGUCAAUCACUGGGACAUGGUCGGGGAGUUCUUGCUGCAGAGCCUGGCUUUCCUGAAGAGCCCCCAGUCUUUCCUGAGGGAGGCGGCGGCCAGCUUCAUCGGACUGACCAUCAAGAGGAUGAGCCUCAUCCAUGUGCAGGAGGAGGAUGUGGAGCUGCUGAUCAGCUCCCUCCGGGCUCUGAACAACGAUCCCGUGGCCACCGUCCGUGCUGUGGCUGUCGCGGCACUCAGGAACGUGGACGUGGCUGCGGCAUGCCCCAGGUGGCUGUCUCCCGGCUUCGGCGCCUCAGCAACCGCAUCUUCCAAGGUUCCAGCCUGCAUACGCAUCCCAAGAAGCGGCUCUUCAAAAGCCACCUCGCCGGGGAGUCCGCUGAUAGGCUCGGCAGCAGUUUCAUGAACUGCUUUAGGAACUGUUUUUCCAGGAGGUGGUGGGGCAGAGGUCAGAGAGUGGCGGAGGCCCAAGGGACUGAGACAGGAGUCCGGUAGGAGGAAGACUUCUGGGGGUCCUGAAUCAAGACCGUGAGGAUUAUCCAACCGAGGUUGUGUCCCUUCCGAGGGUCAGGCUGGAAGCCCAGCCCCAGCCCCGGCCCCAGGCCCGGCCCUAAGGCUAUUGCUGGGAGCCGGGCCUGUAGAGGAAUGACUUGCGUCUGCCCUCAUCGCCUCAAUAAAACUCUUUAAAUUCUA